GGGUCAAUUCCAAAACUCAACUAUAAAUUGUAUCCUACAUAUAUAUGUGAAGAUUGAAAGCUUAUAUGAUUAAACAUCAUUCUUACAAUUCUUGUGAUGCAUAUAAUUCGCUUCCAGUUUCAAGAGUAGGAUAAAAAUGGCAAUUCCUAUUACCUACAGCAAUCUGUUUUUCGUUUCUCUACUUGCCUUGUUAUGUGUAUUUGCCAACACUGUCGCUGCGGAAUUAGACUGGCAUAAUGGGACAGCACAAGACUGGUUAAACCACGGUGGUGAUUUGCACAACCGAAGAUAUGCUAACAAGGAGACCACGAUCAGCCAUCACAGUGUUUCCAGGUUACGUUUGAAAUGGAAAUUCUAUGCAGGAAAUGAUAUAACAGCAACACCUGCUAUAUUCAAUGGAAAUCUUUAUUUUCCCAGCUGGAACGGUUACAUAUAUGCUGUGAAAGCAAAGGAGGGAACACUUAUUUGGAAGAAGAACUUGCAAGAGUUGACUGGCCUUCACCCCACCGGUUUAAUAAACAAUGUCAACUGGACGGUCUCAAGAUCGACUCCGACGGUAGCUGGUGACUUGCUUAUUAUUGGAAUCUAUGGCCCUGCUGUAGUUAUUGCUGUUAAGCAAUCAACAGGGGAGCUUGUGUGGUCUACCCUCCUUGAUAACCAUUCCACCAGUUUCAUCACCAUGUCCGGAACCUAUUACAGAGGCGCCGUUUAUAUUGGCACAUCAUCGGGAGAAGAAUCUGUGCUCAGCGUAGACCAAUGCUGCACCUUCCGAGGCAGCUUGACAAAGCUAAACGCCAAAACUGGUGCCGUUUUAUGGCAAACCUUCAUGCUACCAGAUAAUCAUAACAAAACUGGUGGGUAUGCCGGAGCAGCCAUAUGGGGAAGCAGUCCAUCCAUCGACAAAUCCAGAAACCACGUCUACAUCGCCACCGGAAACUUGUACUCCGCCCCAUUGAAUGUCCAACAGUGUCAGGAAAGAGAGAACAAUCAAACCGUACCCUCUCAUCCAGACACUUGCGUGGAGCCCGAAAACCUCUCUGAUUCGAUCUUAGCCCUUGAUCUGGACACGGGAAAGAUCAAAUGGUACCGCCAGCUUGGAGGCUACGAUGUCUGGUUCUUUGCAUGCAACAAUCUCUCCACCCCGAAUUGUCCUCCGGGUCCCAACCCCGAUGCGGAUUUCGGCGAAGCCCCGAUGAUGUUGAGCAUCCAUGUUAAUGGAACCAAGCGAGACAUCGUGGUUACUGUUCAGAAGAGUGGGUUUGCAUGGGCUUUGGAUCGUGAUAAUGGCACACUCUUAUGGUCCACGGAAGCUGGACCGGGUGGUCUUACAGGAGGAGGAACAUGGGGAGCAGCCACGGACGAAAAGAGGGUUUACACCAACAUUGCAAAUUCCGACGCCAAGAAUUUCACUCUAACACCGUCUGGGAAGAACACCACCAGUGGUGGAUGGGUGGCCAUGGAUGCUCGCAAUGGGAAAGUUGUAUGGUCCACGGCUGAUCCUGAAAACGGCACUGCUUCUGGCCCUGUUAGUGUGGCUAAUGGCGUCGUCUUUGCCGGAUCAACAAACAGAUUAAAAGGACCCGUUUAUGCAAUGGAUGCCAAAAGUGGAGAGAUUUUGUGGUCGUACGAAACAGGAGCCACUGUGUAUGGUGGUAUGUCGGUGAGUGAUGGCUGCAUUUACGUUGGGAAUGGAUACAAAGUCAAUCUUGGUGUUUAUUCUCCUUUCUCCGCCGGGACUUCACUCUUGGCCUUCUGUGUCUCAUGAACUUUUAGUAGCUCAACCAAUUAAACCCCUUUGAUAUCUAUAGCUUUUACAUAUUGUUCUUUUGUACCCUAAAAUAAAGGAAUGACUAGCUUGUCAUAACUUUUUAGUUUCUAAUAUCU